AUGAUCGCCGCGGCCAACGACACCGAGAUGGGCCUGAUGGGCUACGUGUACACCGAGGACCUGGCCAGGGGCCUGCGUGUGAGCGAGCGCAUCGAGGCCGGCAUGAUCGGACUCAACCGGGGUGCGGUGUCGGACCCGGCCGCCCCCUUCGGCGGCAUGAAGCAGUCCGGCCUCGGCCGCGAGGGAGCCUCGGAGGGCAUCUACGAGUUUUGCGAGACCCAAUAUAUUGCUACAAACUGGCUGUUGUUGCCCGAUGGCGUUUGGCGGUUGCGUCGGAGCUGGGGGUCGUGGAUCGAGGCAAGAAGCGUGUUCGACCGCGACUUGACAGACAUCGGCGGAACCACCCACCACGCCCUGUGGCAACUCCGCGAGUCCCGCGACCCGGCCACCAGCGGCCUAACCGAGGAGGCCUCGUGCGGCAACGGGUCGCUGAUGCGGGCCCUGCCCACGGCACUGAUCCGCCCCGACGCCCAGCGGCGCCGCGCCGAGAGCGCGCAGAUCUCCGCGAUCACCCACGCUCACCGCCGCUGUGUGCACAGCUGCGUCGCCUACAACGAGAUCGCCGCCGCGCUCAUCGCAGGCGCCCCAGCCAGCGAGGCCAUCAGCCAAGCCCAAGCCCUCGACUUGCACACCGACGUGCGAUCCGCCCUAGACGUGUCGGCCAACACCCCCGAGACCGACCUCUCGACCACCGGCUACGUGAUCGACAGCCUCCGCUGCGCCGUAUGGGCCAUCCAGCAGCCCGACACCCUCGAAUCGGUGCUGGUAGCGCUGGUCAAUCGAGGCAACGACGCCGACACGACCGCCGCCAUCGCCGGUGGCCUACUAGGACUCAUCCACGGCGAAGCAGGCAUCCCACAACGCUGGACGCAACAACUUGAGUACGCCCCCGAACUAGUCGCAGCCGCCGCCCCCAUCGAGACGAUCCGGGUCCGCUGA